UCUUCACCCGAGCUUUGCUGAAAGCUUCGCUCCCCACCCCCUCCUUCUUCAACCCCAACUUGCUCUACUACCCGACACCUAGCUUCUCUGGAGUGGCUGCUCUGAAGGAAACCGGCAGGAUGGGCUGGAUUGAGAAGACCAACCGGCGGAUCGCGGCCAGCCCGGUCGGCUACUGGUUCCAGCUGGAUGGCAGUGGACAUGUGAGCGCUUGUUGAGCCAUGUUUGACAUUGGAGGUUGUGCUAAAGGCUGGUCAAACAGCCCAAAGAAAGGAAAGGCUCGCACUUCUUCACGGAGAUGCGCGCUGGUCUCGCCACAUUCUUUGCCAUGGCGUGAGUUACAUCCUGUUAAGAGCUCUGUAUGCCUCGGGUCCGAGGUCAAGGGAGCCAGUGCUCACAGACUUGCUCUUAGUUACAUCAUUGCUGUCAACGCCGGCAUCGUUGCCGACACGGGAGGCACGUGUGUGUGCAAUGCGCCGCCGGUUGCUGGACAGCCACCGUGCCUGAACGACACCGAGUAUAAUCUGUGCGCUGCCGAGAUCAAGAAGGACCUUGUAACCGCCACGGCCGCCAUAGCUGCCUUGGGAACAUUCUGCAUGGGGUUGUUUGCCAACAUGUACGUCCACCAAAUGCCAGACCAGACCACGAGACGAGACAAGAGGUACUAACACUUGGGGUCGCAGGCCUGUGGGGAUCGCCCCUGGGAUGGG